GGUAAUCCAAAAAAAACGCGAGGAAAUGAUUACGGAGGGUAUAAAAGUCUAUAAGGCAAUCAACUUAUCUUCGGGGGCGUUUUCGUCUUUUAAAGAAAAGAUAACAGCUCUUCACGUGACUGCUCUUUUACACCCUCCGAUGUGAUGACACGCGUCCGCAGAUUAAGGAACUUCACCGACACGUCAGCAUGCGACACCCCCGAUCUUAUCCCUUCGAACGAGCUCUGCGAUCCGCCGUAGAUUGGUCUCAGGCCCAAAUCGACGGUCUCCGUUCGUCGUCUACGGCGCCGGCUCCUCAAUAAAUGCCCCCCUCCAACAGAUUGAACAGAACGCGCUCGAGAAGAACUCUCAGUCCGCCAUGAACUUGCUCAACCAUCUCUGGGAUGAUACCGUCGCCGGCCCCCCACCGGACGACGGCGGCGGCCUCGGCAAACUUAGGAAGUUUUCCGCUUUCAAUUCACGUCCGGAUUCCCGAAAUGAAUCAGAGAGUCCGAAUCCGAGAUCACUGACCGUUGACACAACUGACGACGGCAUGAAGGUGACCAGGAGUAUCAAGAUACUGAAGUCGCCGCGUAACCAGAGCAAGGAUUCGCCUCCGUCGUCUCCGUCGCCGUCGCCGGCGGGAUCUACUCCACCGGUAUCUCCCUUCUCCUUCUCCGGCUUGGGAGGGAAGGAGGCGUAUCGGUUCAGGAGGAAAUCCGCUUCAUACGAGGAUGCCCGAGGGGUCGGACCCAGAAGCCCUCCUCCUCCUUACGACGUGUGAGAUAUGAUCUCGAUGAGGCUGCGGCCUAACCUUUUCGGCUCUCUUCUUCUUUUCUUCUCCUUGUGGUGUCGUUGAAUGCUUGUGAGAUUUCGGGUUUUUGUGUGGUUGAGCAUGUCCUUGUGAAGUCUUUCUUUCUUUUUCUUUAGCUUGUAUAUAUUGUGCAUGUGUGCUUUGCUUUUCUCGGUAAGCUAUACAUAUCCUAGUUGUAACAAAAUGUACGUAGUACGUGUAUGUUCAUGCAUCCCUUUUUCCAGAGUAAUGUUAGUGUAUUUUGCUUGGCAUAAAAAUAAGAAUGUGUGUUUUUG